AAGAUGAUAAAAUUUAAAUUAUAAUAAAACAAUUGUUUUAACCUAGCACUUUACAUUUACAUCAGAUAAACAAAGCAUGUAAAAUUUCAAAAUUUUAGUGAAUUAAUUAUUCUUCACACUAUCACACAGUAUAUAACAUGGAGACAAGCAGAUCACUCCACAAACUAUUCAAACUUUCAUUUCCUAAACUAUUGCAACAGACAAACCUUAGCAUUCAAACAUCUAAUGAUAGCCAAAGAUCUUUCUCUCAACUUUCAAAGCUGCAUUCCUUCACAUUUCCUUAUGAAUUUUCCACAAGAAACAAAAAACACUGUAACUGCAAGUGUAAUCAAAUGCUUUCAGCAAAUUCUAUUUCAAGUUAUACCCAAAGAAUUCUUUUUCCAUCUGUAAAUCCAGACAUUUUGUUUAUGAGGAAUGUAAACCGGCCCCCUUUAUUGUUGAAAAAGGUGCUCUUAAAAGUGAACAAUGUGAAAUCACACAACUUUAGUACAACAACAAACAACCGAUUUUGGAAUAAGCUGAUACCAUUUGAAAGUCAAGCUCACAUGCCAUCUAAACUGUUUGCACAUAAGGCUGAGAUGGAGCAGCCUGCUACUGAAGGGGUUGGUUGGGCUGGCCAGCCAAUCGUCAAGAGAGUCCAUUCCAUAUUACCUGAGGUAUAUGGUGACGUGUCAGACAUCUUCCAGCCAGUGAAGGAGUUGGAAAAUCCUAAAGAAGGGUGUAAAAGCCGUCAGGUGUCCACACUGACUGAAACAUCUAAAGAUAAUCCAACACAGUUUGAAUGCUUAGAGGAACUAUCUGCUGACUGCACCAAAAAUGAAGUGGCUGAAAAUGUUUAUGAAAAAUCUCAGAAAAACGUGGCAUACACUAUGAAUCCAGUUGUACCAGAAGAUGUCAAGAGUCAUGUUAGAAGUCAUGAUACAAUAUCUUUUAUAAAUGACAGUGUUAAAGAGAAAUUAACUGAUAAAGUGUUGUCUAAAGAGAUGACUAAUGAAGAAAGUGUACAUGUCAUCAGUAAACAUGGAGAAAAUGAAUCAAAGCAGAAAAAUAUAUUUAUAAGAGGUAUUAAGAAAGAAGGAGUAAAAAUUAGAAGUGGAAGUGGAUUUUCAAAAACUGGGGUUGUUUUAAAAACACCUAAAAAGAAAAUGCGAAAGAAGACUAAAGUUUGCUCUUCAAGGACAGGAUCUGCACUGACUGUCAACAAAAAAAGAGGUGCUAAAAAGAAGAGAGAAGCAAAAGUUUUUAGAGUAAAUAAAAAAAAUAAAUAUCCAACUCAACUUGUUUUAAAUCAACGUACCUAUACACAACCAUUCCAGAAAAAUGUUUUAUUCGUGGAAAACAGACAGUUAAAAACGGACACAAGUUCUAGAUAUCCUGUUAGGCAAAGAACAGAAAUUUGUGGAGAAGCAACUACAGAUGUAACAAAGAAACUGAAUGAAUGGAAACCAGAAAUGUGUUUGGUAAAAAAAACAGUCAAAACUAGACGAAGAACCCUUGUUUGUGCUUCUAAAAUUGCAAGAGAUAAGAAAAAACGUAACUUGCCUAAGUGUGUAAAGCCAGAAAAAAAGGUGCCUCCCAAAGUAUUAAUCUGUCCACCAAAAUUGGAAGAUGAGUUAGCGGCACAAGGUGAAAAAUGUCAGAAACAGGAAGAAGUCAAAAUCAGAAAAAGAACUCAGGUUUGCAAACCAGUGAUCAUAUUUGGUAAAGAAAAAACCGAAAUCAAAGUCGAAAAAGUCAUUCGUGAGAAAAAAGUAAGAAAAAUAAGAUCUAGACACACUACUAUAUGCCUACCAACAGAUAAAAGUAAAAAAAAGAAAAUGUCAAUGAAUUGAUGACACUAAUUUGAGAAAGUUUAGCUUAUUAGUUAUAUACCUAUGUUUUUGUGGUCCUUCAUGAUUAAUAUUACCACUGUAUCUUUUUCCAAUUCAUGUGUGUGAGGAACAAUAAAAGUCUUUUCAUAGAGCAUU